GUCCCCAGUGCCGACUCGGUCGCACGGGGACAGACUUCUCUGGUUCGCUAACUCGGCUGUACUGGAGGAUUCACGCGCGUUUGAUAAGGUAACUUUGAUGAAAUCAUGACCAGGUGGGCACGAGUUACUACCACACGUAGCAAGAGACCUUUGGCUGCAACAUCAUGGGAGGACAUGAAGAAGGGGUCCCUUGAGGGAGAAGGCCAAAACCUACCAAAGAGUAAACAACUUGAAGCCAAUAGGCUCUCUGCUAAAAAUGAUACGCCUCAAGCAAAACACAAAAAGAACAAAAAGAAAAAGGAGUACUUAAAUGAAGAUGUAAAUGGAUUCCUGGAAUACUUAAGACAAAACCCACAGAUGGUUCAUAAUGGAGAGAGGAUAGCAACAGACAGUCAGGAGGUAAGGGAAGAAAUUGCAGUUGCUUUAAAGAAAGAUAGUCGCCGGGAAGGAAGAAGACUAAAAAGACAAGCAGCAAAGAAAAAUGCAAUGGUAUGUUUCCAUUGUAGAAAACCUGGCCAUGGAAUUGCAGAUUGCCCAGCCGCCCUUGAGAAUCAAGAUACGGGCACUGGAAUAUGUUACCGGUGUGGGUCCACAGAGCAUGAAAUAACCAAGUGCAAAGCCAAAGUAGACCCAGCUCUUGGUGAAUUUCCUUUCGCAAAAUGUUUUGUUUGUGGGGAAAUGGGACAUCUGUCCAGAUCUUGUCCUGAUAAUCCCAAAGGACUUUAUGCUGAUGGUGGUUGCUGCAGACUUUGUGGCUCUGUGGAACAUUUUAAGAAAGAUUGCCCUGAGAGUCAGAAUUCAGAUCGAAUGGUCACAGUUGGUCGCUGGGCAAUGGGAAUGAGUGCAGACUAUGAAGAAAUUUUGGAUGUGCCUGAACCACAGAAACCCAAAACAAAGAUACCUAAAGUUGUUAAUUUUUGAUAACGAUUAGUACUAUCAUUAGUUACCACCUCAUUGUGAGCUACUCUGAACUGGGCCUACCUCACAUACUGGAGCUGAGCUCCCUUGGAGACCUGUGUUGUAGACAUCAGUAUGAUGUGCAUAUGGUCAGAUAGUUUCCUGAGUGCUGUCCAUUAAAGAGUGCCUCUAUCACUGGAGAAAAUCAUUGAAGAAAAGUAUAAGAUUUUUAAACUGGAUUCUCUAAAAGAAUAUUUUUAACAGGUAGAACUUAGGUAUAACUAAGUGGUUAUAUACUUGAUUGUAACGAUCAUCUUUUUCUUAAAAACUAUGCAUUAAUGUGAACCACCCUUAAAGUAUAACUUUUGCGUUUAGAAAUGAAGUUUUGGUUAUAUUGUUUUCUUGGUUCAGAAUAUCAAUUUAUUAUUAUAUUAGGAAUUUAUAAGUUGCCACAAUACUGUAUUUUUAAAAUAUUUAAUUCAAAAAUCAUUUGCUAUGUACUUAUUUUUCUGAAUACCUCAUUCUGGAUUGAACUAGCCAUUGUCUGUUUAUGUCCAGGUAAUCCCUUUGGGAACACAAUCUUUUUAUGAAUUCUAGAUGAGAUUAAUUUUGGUUAAUUUUUGUUUUAGUUUUGACAUAAAGAAGCACAAAGUAUUGAGGUAACAUAGAAGAAUACGUUAACAACAGCUCCUUCUUUGUCCUGGAUUUUCAAGAGUGAAAUUCUAGCCAAAAUUAUUUUGGGGUAUUUAACCAGAAUGAUGUUACUUAACAGAUCGUAUAUCACACUUAAUAGCAUUUUGUUCAUGUGUUUUAGAUGAGUCUGGGUGAGAUGCAGGUAUCACCAUAAUAGAGUUAGGAUGCUAAUCAGAGACCCAUUAGCUUCUUUGUUGGAUUUUAUGAAUACAUGCAUACUUAAUACAUGUAUUUCACAAGGCUAGGGCUCAUAUUGUAAUGGAAUGACUCUAGUGGAUUGUGUGUUUCAUUUGGAAUUUUACCUGAUUGGAUACAUUUGUAACUAAAGGAAACAGCUGUGAUUAGUUACUGUAGCUUCAAAAACAAAAUAUUUACCAAAUAAGAAACACUUUUCUCUGUUUUAAUGUCUGCAAAGCUCAACAGUUCUAGUCUUAAUAGGAGCUGUUGUUUUAUUUUUGGUGUGAGAGGUAAACAUGACAGAAUACAACUCAGCAUCCCAGAAUGUAAGGAAAGGAGUGUCAUUUAAAAGAAAUCACACAACUCAUGUAGCUGGAAAAGGAUAGCAAUGCUGCCUUAGUCAUUUAGCCCAAACACACUCAGAUUUAUUUCACCUAUCCUAUCAGGUGUCAAGGACUCUGGCCAGUCAAAACCUGUCUCCAGUGAGGAAGGCAAGCAUUAAAUAUUUCCCAAGUACCUGCUAUAUUCCUGGUACUCUCUUAGGCACUAGGGAUUGUGACAGUGAUGAAGACAAGGUCACAUGCUUUCUAAUGAGGCUUUAGGAUGGAGAGGAGACUUGGGGAGAGAUGCAUAUCAGAAAUAUCAGUACAUCAGGAAAAUAUCAGAUAUUUUAUUACACUUUAAAAAUAUUCUACUGAAUCGCCUAAGACUUGGUCAUUAAUCACUCUUCCUUCAGUCCUUUGGAAAUGUCACCUCUUACAAGCUUAUCAUUCACUUUUCUAUGGCUGACUCCUAAAUCCAUCUGGCCCUAAUAUCCUCAAUUACAGUUCCUACUUGGAUGUUCCACCAAUACCUCAAGUCAUUACUGCAGUAAUUUUCAAAACAAUAUAAAUUCAAAGACCUACGACAGGCAGAGGUUGGAAUUGUCUCAAUUGUAGGAGAGGUGUGAAAUUUUACCAUACAAAAUUUUAGUUAAGUAACUCCAUUAUAGCUAAUUUUUUUGCUUUUUAAAAUCUAAAAAUAUUCUAAAAAUUUUUUCUGCUUCUGAAAUGUAUAGGCAUUUAAAUCUACAUAUUCACCCUUAAUGUAUGUAAGUGUUAAUUCAUAAAAUUGGAGCACAGUCCAAAGUUUAUGUAAAUGAAAACCUGCUGACACGGAAUAAAACUAAUUAACAACCAGACCUAGGCUGGGUGAGUGGAUGGGUUGGGGAAGCGGGUAGGCUGGGGAAGCAGAGGUAGAGAUCUGACCUACAGCAGGAUGUACCUAACCUCUUAAGUGCUCUAAACUCUAGUGGAGAAGUCCUUCAACUUUUAAAUGCUGUCUUGUAGAGGAGGCUAACUUGACAUAUGCUGGUUUGUCUUAGGGGUUAAGACAAAUCACAGAGUAGAGUAAUGAAUGCUGAAGUCUAGGGAAUAAAGUGCUAAUGUAAUGGUUAUGAAAGAAGAGCUCAGUUAAUAUUCUUUCUCUGCGACAUCACAUUGUGCAGGUACUUUUCUGUGUGUAUAUAUAGCAAUAGAUACUAAAUUGGCCAGCCACCUUGAAUAUAUGUUAAAUGACACUAGUAAAGUAGUUUCUAUUACUAAAAUUGAUUGGAUUCCAUUAUGUUUUAAUGUCUUCCUAAUUUAAAGCUCUAAACUAUGUAAUACAUCUUGUCAGUUGCUCCUGACAUACAGAUAUCCGCCAUAUAUGGAACAAUCCCACAGUAUUAAUCACCUAGCCAACUUAUCAUUUUUUAUUUUGUAAAAUUUUGUACAAUUUUAAACAGAACACAUGUUUCAUCUCCGUAGCCUAAACAUGCUUAUGAUCAUUUUAAACCAUAUUUGUACCAUUUUACAGGACACACAAAAUUGAAUAUGGGCAAUUUCCACUGCCUGUGUCCCUGGAAGGAAGCAGAGCCACAGACAAUAUAAAACAGUUUUAAAGCUCUUUAAAUAAUGCUAUCCAAAUCACUGGUGUUUGACCUGAGAUGAAUUUUAUUUUUUAACCCCUUCCUAACUGCAUUUUGCUUCAGCCAAUAUUAAAUUACUUUGUGGCCCCAAAGCUUGCCAAAGUGUCACGGCUAAGGGUACGUGGAAUUGAGAGUGGUAAAUAAAACUGGAAGUAAGUGACAGUUUACCAUUUAAAAUGUGUUUAUCAACCCACCAUCAGUAGCAUUCUCUAUGAAUUUUAUACAAGAGGCUGCUGUCUCUUCUAUGGAUUUUGACCAGCCACCAAGAUUUCCGGCAAAGUAAGGAGAGAUGCUAGCAGAAAUCUGGUUGAAGUAGGAUACCUGUUUCAAAAAGAAAAUACAUUAUUUUAAUUAUUUAUUGACUUGGAGCUUCUUUCAGCAGGGAUCUGAAUCUUGUUGGUAUAGGGAAGGCUAUGACCCUAAUCUUCUGGGGACUUUCUGGAAUGAUCUACAAGGAUGACCUCAGGAUUCCCCUGAUGUGGACACAUGACAGAAU